UCAGCUGAUUGUGAUUGUCAACUGAAUAAGGAUUCUCGUUUUUUAGUUUUGCGUAACUAAAGUUUUGUAAAAAUAUACCUACAUUAAUAAUGUCUAAAGCAGCGGGGAAACUUAAGGCUCUAAAAAAAACUGCCGACAAAAUCACACACACUACAAAAUUAAAAACAAAUAUACCGGCGGGUAUGGCAGCAGCUGGUCCCCCGUUGGGCCCAAUGCUUGGGCAGCGCGCAAUAAACAUUGCCGCAUUUUGCAAAGAUUUCAAUACCCGCACAGCAGAUAUAAAAGAAGGCAUUCCACUACCAUGUCGUGUCUCGGUCAACAGUGAUCGGAGCUAUAACUUGGUUAUACACUCACCACCGGCUACGUUUUUGUUUAAACAAGCUGCAGGAAUACCUCGUGGCGCAAUGCAACCAGGUCGCGAAAUUUCUGGUAUGAUCACUUUAAAACAUCUCUACGAAAUAGCAGCAAUAAAGAUACAAGAUCCACCCAAUGCUUUAUUAACAAUGCAACAAAUGUGUGAAAUGCUUGUGGGUGUCGCUCGCACUUGUGGCAUAAAAAUUGUACGAGAAUUAAAACCAGAAGAAUACGAGAAAUUUUUGGAAGAUCGAAAAAUUGUUGUCGAGGCACAGAAACAAGAAUUGCAAGAAAAGCGUGAGGCAAAGAUGCUUCGAACAGGAUAA